CGAAAACCACGGAAUAUUAAAAGAAAUAAAAGAAAACUUAGAAGAAUUAAGUAAAAUAACUGAUGUCGAAAAGCAAUACGAAGAAUCUGGCUUAAUCUUACGCAAAAAAGCAACUUUAGAUAAGUAUAGAAGAUUGAUUGAUAAAAUAAGAGAGUUACAUUUUGAAGCACUAGAAAAGAUAAAUGCUUCUAAAUAUGAAUGCUUGGCAUCUUGUGAUGAAUGUAAAAAAAGUCGCUAUGAAACUGAAAUCAACGAUAAUUUGGAAUUUUGUUCCUCUAGCUGUUGUGCUACUUAUUACCAAGCUCAUCCUUAUUGUGCCAACUGCAAAAAUACUAACCCUCAAACGCAAUUAAAUAAAACUAUUCCCAAAGAUUACUCUAAAAAAUAUUGUUCCGAUGAAUGUUUGGUUCAGAAAAGCGGAAUAAGUGAAAUAUUAUUAAACUUAACUCCCCAAGAAAAUGAAAAUUAUAUACAGUAUAAGAAAAAUAAAGAAAAUAAACAUAAACCAAGAGAAAGUAGUGGUUUAAGCAAAUCUGAUAUGCCCAACCAAAAAAAAUCAAGUAUUUUACUAGAAAACUCACCUUCUAACCAAUCCCAAAAUAAUCCCACCCAAGAAUUAAAUAAUCUAAAAAAUAAACCUAACUUAAAUGCUAACGAACAAGCAAGAAUUAAGGAGCUAGAAAAAGAAUUAGAAGCCAAGCAAGUUGAGCAAAAAGGGGAUAAUUAUAAAUUAAUUCUUGGAAUUGGUUGUGGAGUUUUAGGAAUGAGUUUAGUGGGGUUGAUGGUUUGCGAUUACAAAAUUACUGGCAAGAAAGAGGCUUUACUUACAAACAAGUUAAAGAAUGAAAAAAAGUUUUGGGAGAAAAUUUUACAGUUAAUGAUUGAGAUUUUUGUACUUGACUAA